AUGAAAGGAGCACGGAGUUUAUUUGUUCAAGAAUCACAAAAUCAAACGACAGUAUCAUUAGGUUUGAUUAGUCGAUUAGUGUUAGUCAUUUCACCAUCAUUAUGUCGAUUACAAUCUGUAUGUGAAAUUCAACCUGUACUUGUUGAUAUUGAUACGUCAGGUAAUAUUAUACAAAAAUUAGGUUCAAAUGAUCAACUAUGGCAAGUUGUGGCUAGUAUUAUUGGAUCAUCAGGUAUAAGUGUUAUUGGUGUUAUAGCUAAUUAUUCAAAUGGACAAACACAAUUUACAUCAUUUGCUGCUGUUUCACUAUAUACUUUAUUACAAUAUCAAAGUACUGGUUCAUUAAUAACAACAUCAUCAUCAAGAAUUAUUGUUGAUCCAACGGAAGGUACAAUAACAGCUUUAAAUUACAUUUUAGUUAAAGAAUAUUCAACUGUUCUUGAAGUUUAUACCGAUUUUCUACCAUCGAAUCUAACUUAUGAAGGUGAUUGUGAUUCAUUGUUUUUUUUCGCUAAAAUGCCUGUUAGUAGUGAUAUUGUUCUAAGAAAAGGUUGUAUUCAAGUUGGUUUAACCUUUGCCUCUAAUACUAUUAGUGCAGCACAGAAUAUAGCGAACGGCGCUCUUAUGCUUUUGGCAAAUCCAAAUGCUAUAACUGGUGUACGAUUUGCAUCAGUGAAUAUUAAUGGUCAAUCAUAUGUUGUUUCAUCAAGAUCAAGUUUCGAUAGUAGCGAUGGAGGAAGUAAUAUAGGAUUAAUUGUUGGUCCUGUCAUGGGUCUUAUUGGUGGUACUAUUGUUUUUGUUGGUUUAGUUUUUGGUUAUUAUCAAUUUCGAAAGAAAAUCAAACAUCAACGUCUUAUAAAUGAUAUUAAUGAAGUAAGUCCGUUUUCGAAUCAACCAGAGCAAAUUAGUGAACAUAGAGCAAAUGCACCAAAAUCAGUAAAUGAUGCUACUCAUCCAAUACGACGUGCAUCUGUUACAUGUUCCAUUAGCUGCAAUUAG